GCGCUGAGGCCAGUUGCCGGGUAACGGAGCAGAGCGGCCACGGCGCGCCGCCUCCCGCCCUCCUCGAGUGGCGCCGGAGCCGCCGCCGCUUUACGUAAGGCGCAGGCCAGGGCCGCCCGGCGCUCGCAGCCGCUCGGAGCCCACGGAGGGAGAGAAGGCGCCACCGCUAGCUGCCGCGCCGCUCGGCAGGUUCUGCCGGAGGCUUACGUUCGGCCUCCGUGGGAAGCUAGAGCAGAAGGUCACGCCCACACGCGCGCCGCUGUCGGGAUGCUGAUGCACCGGCCAUGCUCCAAGAGGGAAACUCUAGUCUAGACGGCUGACUGCCAGCAAACAUCAGUGCUUCUCCUAGAUGCCAGGCUCCUCUCCCUCUCCCUGGAGUGACCAUCCCCUCCAGACACCAGCAGAACAGCAGCUCCGAAGAUGCCUCGCGUUUUGAGGGUGCCAGCCACCUAAACCCAUGCGCCCUCCCUGCGCGGUCGUCGCGGACCGCCUGCCCCCCGGAAGCCCCGCGGGCUCUGGCCCGGGCCCCGCCGCCGCCUCCGCCAUGUCUCUGCUCCACGCGCUGGGCCCCGUGCAGACCUGGCUGGGCCAGGAGCUGGAGAAGUGUGGCAUCGAUGCCAUGAUUUACACCCGCUACGUCCUCAGCCUCCUGCUGCACGACAGCUACGACUACGACCUGCAGGAACAGGAGAAUGACAUCUUCCUGGGCUGGGAGAAAGGAGCUUACAAGAAGUGGGGGAAGAGCAAGAAAAAGUGCUCGGACCUGACUCUGGAGGAAAUGAAGAAACAGGCCGCUGUGCAGUGUCUCCGAUCUGCUUCUGACGAGAGCUCCGGGAUCGAGACCUUGGUGGAGGAGCUGUGCUCCCGGCUGAAGGACCUGCAGAGCAAGCAAGAAGAGAAGAUGCACAAGAAGUUAGAGGGGUCCCCCUCUCCAGAGGCAGAACUGUCCCCCACCGCAAAGGACCAAGUGGAAAUGUACUACGAGGCCUUCCCGCCGCUCUCGGAGAAGCCCGUCUGCCUGCAGGAGAUCAUGACCGUGUGGAACAAGUCCAAGGUCUGCUCCUACUCCAGCUCCUCCUCGUCGUCCACGGCCCCGCCCGCCAGCACCGACACGCCGUCGCCCAAGGGCUGCCACAGCGACGGGGAGGCGCGCCGGGAGAGGGGCGACGAGAAGACCCCGGGCAGGAGCAGACACGAGCGGGAGAACAAGGUCGGGAACGGCGCAGCAGAAGAAAAGCCCGCGUGGUGCAGAAAGCAGGUCCGACACAAGCCCGACGGCAAGGCCCGCCCUCGCUCGUGGUCGUCCGGCUCCAGCGAAGCGGGCUCCAGCUCCAGCGGGAAUCAGGGGGAGGCGAAGCCGUCCGUGAGGUGCGUGCGAGUGAGGCACAAGGCACGGGAGAUCCGGAGCAGGCGAGGGCGGAGCGGGCAGAGCCGGUUCGCGCUGAAGCACGGCGAGAGGGCCGAGAGGAACACCCACGCGGGCGCGGGCGGCAGCGGCAGCAGCAGCGGCGGCGGCUCCGGCAGACAGCCGUGCCGCCGGGCCAAGAGACCGCUGAAGGAGGCGGGCAGGAGAGACGCGGACGGCGCUGAGGGGCGGGGCCUGUUCCCGGACAGCAGGAACGACAAGGAGUACCGAGAGGAGCCGCUGUGGUACACGGAGCCCAUCGCGGAGUACUUCGUCCCUCUGAGCAGGAAGAGCAAGCUGGAGACCACGUACCGCAGCAGACAGGACGCGCACGGCCCGGCGGCGGCGGCGGUGGACGAGCUGGCUGACUCGGUGCACGGCCUCCGCAUCAGCAGCAGCGACGUCCACAGGACGUACCUCGCGGCGGGCACUUUCAUCGACGGUCACUUCGUGGAGAUGCCUGCGGUCAUCGACGAGGAGCUCGACCUCGCUGGGACCGCGUUCUGCUCCCUCCCGGAGGACGGCAAGUACCUGGAUGAUAUUCAUCUAUCAGAAUUAACCCACUUCUAUGAAGUGGACAUUGAUCAAUCCAUGUUGGAUCCUGGUGCCUCAGAAACAAUGCAAGGAGAAAGUCGGAUUUUGAAUAUGAUUCGACAGAAAAGCAAAGAGAACGCAGAUUUUGAGGCCGAAUGUUGCAUAGUGUUAGAUGGCAUGGAGUUGCAAGGGGAACGUGCAAUAUGGACAGAUCCGACCAGCCCCGCGGGGGCCGAGGGCCUGCUCCUGCAAGACCUCGGUGACCUGGCCCGGUUCUGGGAGUGCUGCUCGUCCAGCUCGGGCGACGCCGACGGGGAGAGUUUCGGGGGCGAGUCUCCAGCCCCCCCAUCCCCCGUCUUAGACGGCGCGGCCCUCAGUCCGCACCUGCUCGCCGGCAGUCAGGAGCUCUUUUCAGAUAUUAAUGAAGGAUCUGGUAUAAACUCUUGUUUUUCAGUGUUUGAAGUGCAAUGCAGUAAUUCUGUUUUACCCUUUUCUUUUGAAACACUCAACUUGGGAGGUGAGAGUGCAGACUCCAGUGCGAGCGUGCUCGGGAAAACACAGUCCCGGCUGCUGAUAUGGACCAGAAAUAGUGCCUUUGAAGAAAACGAACACUGCUCUAACCUUUCGACCAGAACCUGCAGCCCGUGGUCCCACUCGGAGGAGACGCGGUCAGACAACGAGACGCUAAGUAUUCAGUUUGAAGAAUCCACGCAGUUUAAUGCAGAAGAUAUGAAUUAUGGAGUUCCUAGAGUCUCGUCAAAUUAUGUAGAUGAAGAACUUCUAGAUUUUUUGCAAGAUGAAACUUGCCGGCAAAACAGUAGAACUUUAGGAGAAAUUCCUACGUUAGUUUUCAAAACAAAAUCUAAACUAGAGUCUGUCUGUGGUAUUCAGCUAGAGCAACAAGCAGAAAGCAAAGCCUUUGAAACCACACAAGCGUGCCGCGAAGGCAGCCCGCGCGGGGAGGGCUACAGCUCAGGGGUCAUGAAGGACAUUUGGACAAAGAUGGCGGGUGGGGCUCCGGCAGCUGUGGCGGAAGCAGACAGGGUCGCCGACGAGUUGUUUCCGACAGACGUCCCUGACUACUGCUGCUGCCUGGAUGCUGAGGCCGCAGCGGAGCCCCUCGAGGGGCCGAGCAAGGCCGUGCAGCGAUCCGAGUACCACCUGUGGGAGGGGCAGAGCGAGAACCUGGAGAAGAGAGCCUUCGCUGCCGCCGGCGAGCUCUCCACGGUGGUGGACGGGGGCGACUACACCACGCCCUCCAGGCCGUGGGACGCCGCCCAGGAGAAGGAGAGCUCGUUCAUCCUGGGGGGCGUGUACGGGGAACUGAAGACCUUCAGCAGCGACGGGGAGUGGGCCGUGGUGCCCCCCGGCCACGCGCGGGGGAGCCUGCUGCAGUGUGCGGCCUCCGACGUCGUGACCAUAGCGGGCACGGACGUCUUCAUGACCCCGGGCAACAGCUUCGCUCCUGGCCACAGGCAGCUGUGGAAACCCUUCGUGUCGUUCGAACAGAGCGACCAGCCGAAAAGUGGGGAAAACGGACUGAAUAAGGGAUUUUCUUUUGUCUUCCAUGAAGACUUGCUAGGACCUUGUGGUAACUUUCAAGUGGAAGACCCUGGGCUUGAAUAUCCAUUCUCUUCCUUCGACUUAAACAACCCGUUCUCGCAGGUCCUUCACGUGGAGUGCUCGUUCGAGCCCGAAGGGAUCGCGCCUUUUAGCCCCAGUUUCAAGCCCAAGUCCAUCCUCUGCUCGGACUCGGACAGCGAGGCGUUCCACCCCAGGGUAUGCGGCGCGGACAGAACGCAGUACCGGGCCAUUCGGAUCUCUCCGAGGACUCACUUCCGCCCGAUUUCUGCAUCGGAACUGUCCCCGGGAGGAGGGAGCGAGUCGGAGUUUGAGUCUGAGAAGGACGAAGUGAGCAUUCCCGUCCCUCCUCAGGGCGAUGCCUUCGAGGGCCCACAGGCAGACCUCAAGCCGCUGGAAGAAGACGCGGAGCAAGAAGGCCAUUACUACGGCAAGUCGGAGCUGGAGUCCGGGAAGUUCCUUCCCAGGCUGAAGAAGUCCGGGAUGGAGAAGAGUGCUCAGACGUCCCUGGACUCCCAGGAGGAGGCUGCCGGGGCCCCGCCGGGGGCAGGGGACCAGAGCCGGUGUCUGCAGUGCGGCACGGACAGCGCUCUGGAAGUCGGCUUGGAAAGCUCAGAAGCAAAUUGUAAAAUAAUGACACAAUGUGAAGAAGAAAUUAAUAAUUUUUGCAGUUGCAAAGCAGGUUGUCAGUUCCCUGCUUACGAAGAUGACCCAGUUUCUUCUGGACAGCUGGAGGAGCGGUUUCCCGUGUUGAACACUGAUGCACAAGGAAUGAACAGAAGUCAAGAAAAACAGACCUGGUGGGAAAAAGCCCUGCACUCUCCUCUUUUUCCUGCAUCAGAGUGUGAAGAAUGUUAUACAAAUGCCAAGGGAGAGAAUGGGAUAGAAGAAUGUCCAGAUGCUAAAGAAAUGCCCAGUAAUGAAGAGCGUCUGUUAGAUUUUAAUAGGGUGUCUUCUGUUUAUGAAGCGAGGUGCACGGGAGCGAGCGCGGCCGGAGCGGAGGCGCCGGGCCCCGGCAGGAAGCUGCACUCCGGCGCCGGCUCCGGCUCGGGGGCCGCGGGCGCGGGCUCGGACGGCGGCGCGGGCGAGUGGGCGGGCCCCGGCGAAGAGGAGCUCUUCUCCCGAACUCACCUCUGACCCUGCCAGUGGCACGCGGCGUUUCUUAGAAACGGAAUGUGAUGGAGAAUCGCCCUUUCGUGAGGCCCGUUAAUCUGAAACAACAACUUAGGUUUCUUCUCAGUUAACUGAGUCAGAUCAGUAAUUACCUUUCUCUUCUUGCUUACUUUAGAGUUGAGAACAGCUAGCCUGUUGAAGAUUUUUUUCCAAGCUGUUAAAUCCUUGGCUCUUUGAACUAGACUAGACUGUGUUGUCCAGUCAAGGGUGGGUGCGCACGUGCCCGCCUCAGGAGUGCCGCUCUCCCUGUGCAUCCAUCCGCCCGCGGCCCUCCCGCUCCCCGGAGACCUGAGCUUCGGAGCACGUAGGCUUUAUUCUUUAAGCACCGGGACGGAAACACGCCCCCGCGGCGGAUCGGCGCCUCCCGGAGGCGAGAGGGAGGCGCGGGCGACCCCGCCACGGCCCUCGCUCACUGAGAUCCCAUCCCAUGCACGUCGAAGUAGCGACCACCGGGGCACGCUUUUAGAGACUUACCGAGUGCUGUCUCCCCCUGCAGGGUCCCCCCAGAUACCGCGGAAGGUGCUAGGGUUUGUGACUUGGCUGCUGACUGCAGAAGCCCAGGGCUUGGGGUGCGGGCUGGCUCGCGAGGUGCAGUGAGGUGAGAGGCCCCUGGCCUGCCCCGGGGUGCCGCUGCCGGUGCGCCGAGCUCCCGCCGGGGCUCCCUGUGGCGCUCUCACCACACUCGGUGGGGGUCUUCAUUGCCAGUUAUGGUUUUCUCAGAGCAUACAUUGGACUGAAACCUCUAGGACUCAAAAUCCUAAACGUUUGACAUGCAAUAAAGGCCACCCCAUCCCCCAAAGAAACCUUGGCGGCUGCAGCCAGUACCUCCCUUGGUUGUGACUUAGUGUAGUUAGACCUCCUUCGUGUUUGCGAGAAUGUUCUGGCAGAGUUCUGUGUGCAGCGGGCUGGGGUCGGGUCGAGUAUCCAUUUCUCCCACACUUGAGUGGUCACCCCAGGGGCUCGGGCCCCCCCUGCGCGGGAGCCCGGGCUCAGUGCCAGGCCUGUUGCUCCUGCGGCCCCGCCCCGAGCCUCUCGCUGCCGUGCCUCAGGCAGAAGGUGGGAGCGGUGUUUGCAAAACCUGACCGUGUGGAAUUGCUUUUCUUUUUUAACCAGCUCAUUAAAAAAAAAAAAACCCUAAUGUGUGAAGUCAGUUUCGCAUGUCUGUAACGUGAGGAACGGCAGGAAAGUCCGAUGUGGACGAGGCGGCCGCGCCACGGGUCCCGUGGGCGGCCCACACGCGACAGUCCACCGGCUGGGCGUGGAGCUGCCCGAGGAGCUCGUGCCUGGCUGUGAGCUCCGGGUCUCGCUGCCUUUCCCUUCGUCGGCGACACAGAAAACUCCCCCGGGGGCUGUGCGGUCGCCCCGGCUCCGUGCGUCCUCCCCGGGAAGCACGGGCGGCUGCGGGGCUCGCCCCCGCACAGCACGUCUUCUGACACUUUAAAGUGGGUUUGCGUGUGCGUGUGCGCGUGCAGGGUUUUUUGUUGCUGUUAUUUAUUUACAGAUUUUAUAAGGUUUUAUGUAUUUUCUUUCUUCCAGAGCUUCCUAAAAAAUUCAUUAGCAUCUGCACUGAAAUACAAUUUAACAGCAAAGGCAAAAAAGAAUUGGACGUUGUAAAUUGUUAAGAUCACUACAAUGACGAUUGUCCUAGAAUCGUUGCUUGUGUAGCGGAGACCAAAUCAGGAGAUUGCCGACGCCACCUGGAGCUCGGCUGGCCGCGGGCGGAGGGGCGGCAGGCGGCGGGGCGCAGCCCUCCCGCCGCACCGAUGGGACAUGCCCGUGCCGUCUGUGGGGCGGGGGGCGCCCAGGGCGCGGGGCUUCGCGGGUCGUGUAUUUAUUUGUUUUCGUAGCCAAGUGGCUGAAGCUCAGAGGCUUUCAGCGACUGAGUUGAAAGUGUUUUUAGUUUUGUGGACGGAUGAUCCCGGAGAUGGAGCGUUGUUCACAGCGUGGGCAGACCGCCGAGACGCACGCACCGUGGUGCGGAGCGCGUUGCAGGCCCGCAGCACCGACGUGUCCGUGUCCGCGCCCGGCCUGAGGUUCUUCCCGUGGUUGUGUUGUUCUGAUUUCACGUACACCGGAGUAACCGAUUUUUUGUUUUCUUGUGGAGUUAACACCAAAAUAAAAGUUUGAAAA